AUGUGGAGUAUAUUUAUUGGUGUAAUAUUUUCAAGUACAGCUCAAUAUACUUAUAUUCAAACUCAAGCACAAAGAUAUAUGUGUGUUAAAGAUACAACAUCUGCAGAAAAAGUUGCAUGGACAAAUUAUAUUAUGUUAGUAUCUAUGCAUAUAUUAUGUUUAUGGGUUGGAUGCUUACUCUAUAAUAAAUAUAGUCAAUGUGAUCGUCUUCGAACUAAAAUUAUUUCUCGAUCAUAUCAAGUAAAAGAAAAAUAA